AUGGACGAUUUACAAGACUCAUCAAGCUCACCAUUCAAGACCUAUCAUUGCCUUUGCAGCAAUCUUGUCCUCGCCACUGCCCACACCUUAGAGUCCCUCCCUCGAAGAAACGAACCUGUCCAGGACAAUGCUCUAAUCCUCCCUCCCGCUACCAGCAUCUCCGUAUCCAGCGACAUUGAGACAGAAGAUGCCUUGAGUCAGUCUACCCCUUCGGCUUUGUUGAAUGUCCUUCCGGAUCGCCGACCUAUCGUUGUGCAACGUGAAGACGGCUUUGAAAAGAGAAUACUGUUACGAUGUGGGAGGUGCAGAUUGGUGCUUGGAUAUGCGAUGACUGCACUACAAGGGUCGAGCCCGGUGUACCUCUUGCCGGGAUCCUUGGUCGAAACCUCCGAGAUGAGCAAAGGAACUCGACCAGAAGUCCCGGCCUGGGCUGAGCAGACGACAUAA